GAGCGUCCGGAAGCUCUGGCCACAUCGAGCUGGGUGAGGUGGCGGCGGGGGCGGCGGGCAGCGGAGUCUAGCGGAGCCGGUACUUCGGCGGGUCUCAGAAAGAAGUGAUGUAACUCGAUCACUCUGAAGACUUUGAGGUCAGGGUGACGAGGGAGCAGGAAGAGCAUGGCCUGGCCACGAUUUCUGCAGAGGGGUGCUCUGCUCACCGGCUUCAGCCAUCACCAUGUUGCUGUGUUCCUGCUCACUUUCUUCAGCUAUUCUUUGCUCCAUGCGUCAAGAAAAACAUUCAGCAACGUCAAAGUCAGCAUUUCCAAGCAGUGGACCCCAAGUGCUUUUAACACAUCCUUUGACCUGCCUGCAGAGAUCUGGAGCAGCAACCAUUUGUUCCCCAGCACAGAGGAAGCCACUCUUUUCCUUGGAACACUAGAUACUGUUUUUUUGUUCUCCUAUGCUGUGGGCCUCUUCAUCAGUGGCAUCAUUGGGGACCGGCUGAAUUUGCGAUGGGUUCUGUCCUUCGGCAUGUGUUCCUCUGCAUUUGUGGUGUUUGUCUUCGGCACCCUUACGGAAUGGCUGUGCUUCUACAACAAGUGGCUUUACUGUGGCCUGUGGAUCGUGAACGGCCUGCUGCAGUCCACUGGCUGGCCCUGCGUGGUUGCUGUGAUGGGCAACUGGUUUGGGAAAGCUGGCCGAGGAGUUGUCUUUGGCCUCUGGAGUGCCUGUGCUUCAGUGGGCAAUAUUUUGGGAGCGUGCCUGGCUUCAUCUGUUCUGCAGUAUGGCUAUGAGUAUGCCUUUCUGGUGACGGCGUCUGUGCAGUUUGCUGGCGGGGUCGUCAUCUUCUUUGGACUACUGGUGUCACCAGAAGAAAUCGGUCUCCCAAGUAUUGAGGCAGAAGAAAGCUCGGAGGAAGAUUCACACAGGCCCCUCAUUAGUGGUGCUGAAGAUGAAGAUGGAUAUGAGCCAAAUUAUUCCAUCCAAGAGGACGGGGCUGCCACCCAAGUGACGGCAAUAAGUUUUCACCAGGCUUGCUGUCUCCCUGGAGUCAUACCGUACUCCCUGGCCUACGCCUGCCUGAAGCUGGUGAAUUACUCCUUCUUCUUCUGGCUGCCCUUUUAUCUGAGCAACAACUUCGGGUGGAAGGAAGCCGAAGCCGACAAGUUGUCCAUUUGGUACGAUGUCGGAGGCAUUGUAGGUACGCACGUGUGCGCCUCCUUCCGUACCAGAGGCAGACAGGACAAAAGCCGAAGAGGCAGGCGGGGAGAGUUGUCCAUCUUUGUUGUCUCUGGAGGGAUUGUGAGGUGUCGGACAUGCAGCCGCUGUGCGCUGUUGACGAGGCACACGCACCUGCUUUUCCGGUCACCGUGCUGUGUGUCUCUUCUCACAGGCUCCCCGAACAACAAGUCCAUCAAUGCGCUUCUGAUGACCAUCACAGGGUUUUUUAUUGGCGGACCAUCCAAUAUGAUUAGCUCGGCUAUUUCUGCAGACUUGGGUCGCCAAGAGCUGAUCCAAGGGAGCAGUGAGGCUCUGGCGACCGUCACGGGAAUUGUCGAUGGAACUGGGAGUAUUGGUGCUGCUGUGGGCCAGUAUCUGGUGUCUUUGAUCCAAGACAACCUAGGAUGGAUGUGGGUUUUCUACUUUUUCAUUCUCAUGACAAGUUGUACAAUUCUGUUUAUUUCACCGUUAAUAGUGAGGGAAGUGUUCUCUCUUGUGCGAAGGAGACAAGCUCACAUACUGAGUGAGUGAUUGGUGCCCAUGAGAGAAUGGACUGGGACGUUCACGGGGGCCUGCAGGCCUUCAGUUCAGGCGUGUGGCGUCCUACCAGCCCCGACGGAACCUCAGCUCGUCAGGCGUCCUGCCUACUGCCCACUGCCCGCGACACUGUCGAAUUAUUUUUGUACACUACAGCAGUUAGGGACGAUUUUUUAUUAUAUUUGUGAAUGUACUAAAAGGAACCUGCCAACCUCUUCCUCGGGCUUGUCAGCUUAUCCUGUUAACCGGACAUGUUUGGGUCCUGGGCUCUUGUUCGUCAGCCUUAAUUAAGGGCUCAGUGAACAGGAGGCAGAGUCAUGCAAGUUGGUUUGAGGAGAAGACCGCCGGGUGAUACUCUGAAAGCCAGUGUGCAGAGAGGGCGUCACCAUGAAGACAUGAAUCAGAGCUCGGGCCAGAUGAAGCUGCGGCCCCACCUUGGACAGAAUGCACCUUUACUGAGGCUGGAAGAUGACGGCACUGUGCUUGUGGCUGGGUCACUCUGUGGCUUCUGGAAGUCCUCGUCCUCUCUAGAAUGGUUGUCACCUUGUUCUCCAACUUCACUGACAUUUGACUGACUCCUGGGAGCAGUCUUCUGUUCAUGAACUGUAAGUUAUCUCGAACAUUCCAGUGUGGAGCUUUCAACCUCAGAUUUACAGGCUGGGAACGGCAAGACCCUCCGAGAAGCCUUGCUAUGUAGCCUUAUUCUUGGAAAAUUGGUCCCUGUCACAGCCGGGCUCCUGGAGUUACCUCAGAAGAAGACUAGGAUUAGAGACAAGGCAAAGACUCUUUGUUGCAAGGCUGUGCAAUGUAUGUAUUGAAUCAUGGUAGUGGAUUGUAAGGGCCUGAGGCCUGACCUUUUUAGAAGGUGGUAGUGUGUAUGUCUUCCAGACUGAAUUCUAUAUGAAUCAAUACUUAAGGGUCACUCUGUACAUACAUUUUAAAUUAUGUAAACAAACUAGGAGGAAAAUGUGCAAUUUUGAGAGACACCUAAUUCACAUUGGGUUAGGGAAUGUUCUUGCGUUACACUCCAAAAUAUGUGUUGACAGACUUGUUAUUUAAUCUCGAGGACUUGUGAUCACUUUACGAUUGAGUCACUGACAUAAAGGGAAAACACAAAACAUAGGAAGGGAGGGGAGAAAACCAGCUUUUGUAAUAAAUGUCCAGCGGUUUGGUUAUUUAA